AUGGAGAAGGUCCUUGUGCUUCUGCUUGUGACCCUUGUUGCAGUAGCCUACGCAGCUCCCGGACCCCGGGGAAUUUUUGUUAACCUGGAUGAUGGGGAAAUCUGCGUGAACAGCAUGCAGUGUAAGAGCAAAUGCUGCCAACAUGACACCAUCCUGGGCAUCGCCCGUUGCACACACAAGGCCAUGGAGAACAGCGAGUGCUCGCCAAAGACCCUCUACGGGAUUUACUACAGGUGUCCCUGUGAGCGGGGCCUGAGCUGUGAGGGGGACAAGACCAUCAUCGGCGCCAUCACCAACACCAACUAUGGCAUCUGCCAGGACGUCGGGCGCUCCAAGCAGUGA